GUAACGUACGUGACGCCGCACCAGCUCCCUCCUCUCUCCUCCCUUUGUGCAGUUGACGAGCCCCUUUUCGGUCAGGACCGGAUCACGCAGAGAGAAUGGCUGUACCUCCCACUUACGUUGACCUUGGAAAGUCUGCCAAGGAUGUUUUUACCAAGGGAUACGGCUUUGGGCUCAUCAAGCUAGACUUGAAAACAAAGUCUGAAAAUGGACUGGAGUUCACCAGCACAGGCUCUGCCAACACUGAGACCAGCAAGGUAGCUGGCUCCCUGGAGACAAAGUACAAAUGGGCAGAGCAUGGACUGACCUUCACAGAGAAGUGGAACACCGACAACACCCUGGGGACCGAGAUCACCAUUGAAGACCAGUUGGCUAAGGGGCUGAAGCUCACGUUCGACUCCUCCUUCUCACCAAACACCGGCAAGAAGAGCGGCAAGAUCAAGACAGGCUACAAGUGCGAACACAUCAACCUUGGCUGUGACGUUAACUACGACAUCAAUGGUACAGCCAUCCAUGGCGCAGCAGUAGUGGGCUACGAGGGCUGGCUGGCCGGUUACCAGAUGACCUUCGAGGCUGGCAGGAACAGGAUCACCCAGAGCAACUUUGCAGUUGGAUUCAAGACUGACGAGUUCCAGCUCCAUACAAAUGUAAAUGAUGGCACUGAGUUUGGUGGUUCUAUCUACCAGAAGGUGAAUGACCAGCUGGAGACAGCCGUCAACCUGGCAUGGACUGCUGGAAACAGCAACACCCGCUUUGGCAUCGCUGCCAAGUAUCAGAUUGAUGCUGAUGCAUCCUUCUCUGCCAAGGUGAACAACUCCAGCCUUGUGGGUCUGGGCUACACUCAGACUCUGAAGCCAGGCAUCAAGCUGACCCUCUCUGCUCUCCUUGAUGGCAAGAACAUCAAUGCUGGUGGCCACAAGCUUGGUCUCGGCCUCGAGUUCCAGGCAUAGGAGAAUGAGGCAGAUGGCUUUCCAGUCCUCCGAGCACACACACAUUCCCCACCCAAAAAAAAAAAUAAUUCCAAAUCCUGUAUUGAUUAGGCUAGCCCUCACAAAACCCCUGUUUCUCCCCCUAGAUAUGCCACAGCUGGAAGCAAGACAGAAUAAAGGUCAAAUCGUUCUUGUGACGAUCUACCCACUUUUAAAGGACCAUUUUAAGGGAACAUUAUAUUUUGCAAAUAUAGAGACGAGUUCAGAACAAAACUACAACUGUAAGUCAGAAAGUUUUUUUCUUGAAUUGUUCAGCUUGCAAGGGAAAUGUAGCUUUGGUACAUCCAUGUUGGCCUCACUAUUUGUCAUGUCACUAUGGUCAUACACGAUGCUUUAAUUUUUGUGUCUCUCUGCUUUCCAAUGCCGAUAAAAGGGAAAAUCAAAAGUAGUUCAGCCUAAAAUGCAUCAUGGGCUCGACACAGUCAGUGUACAGUUGAAUAGUUACACCACCAGAUGGUGCUGUUGCAUAGCACCAUUAAGUACUCCUUGCUCAAAUGUUGUAGUGGUGAAGUAUGUCUUUAUUUUCACACAUCUGCACCAGAGAGCUCUACUGUCUGUCUUGAUAUAUUAUACAAUGGGAAGGGUACAGUAGUUGUCCCUGAUGUAAGCAGCUGUGAGUAGCUCUAAGAGACACUACACCCCAAUGUGUACAUUCUGUGUUUGUCGUCUCACUUGUUUAUUGUGUCUGUGCAUUUGGUGUAAAACAUGUCUUUUGUUAAAUAUAGCAAAAUGAAUAUUAUUUUAUUGACAGUCUUGCAUAGUUUAAUCCACCUUUAAAGUCUUACGAAGACAAUGACUUGUCAAUUCUUUGUCAAGCAAACAGAAGGAAACCUAUAAUGCACACAGUUGAACUUCUCUACAUAAGAGUACUUCUGAAAAGGAGGAUGAAAUGAAUAAAUAUAGUGGAUGGGAAAUGGUAGUCUUCCACAACUGGUCAUGGGAAUCAUACUUAGUGUACCUGACAGUAUUGUUAUUCCCUGAAUUAAAUAAAGAACAUCUUGAACCAGUC